GGCCUCGACCUGUCGACGUGUUGGAGAAAUCACAAGGCUCCCGUUUGCUGCGAAGCCGCGUGUCCGCGAACUACUGUGAUGCUGAGGAAGACUUAAACACCGGAAGCUGCUCAGGCAAGUCCCGCCCCUCGGUUUCCGUCGUGAACACUCACGAAGAAGAACGCGGGGCGGACGAGGACUGACCCUCUUCUCUCCCCGUCCCGAGUGUACAGGAAGCGACUCCGGCUCCGAGGCCUCCCCGACGGAACCCGGGUGUUUCGCCGCCGCAAUGCACAGGCUAAAGCUGAUUUCAGGUCACCUGGCGCCCUCCGGCUCCUCCGACUACAGGCGGGUUUUGCGGAGGUCAGAGUGCGGAUCGGGAUCCGGACCUGCCGGGAGCGGCGCUCCGGAGGACGUGGUGGUGGUUCACGGGCUGAGGACCGCCAUCGGGAGAGCGAAGAGAGGCGCCUUCAAGGACACCACACCGGACGAGCUGCUGCGUGCGGCGAUGACAGCUGUGCUGGCAGAUGUCGGCCUGUCGCCCGACGCGCUGGGAGACGUCUGCGUGGGUAACGUGCUGCAGCCUGGAGCCGGAGCCCUGAUGGCCAGAGUGGCUCACUUCCUCAGCGGGUUUCCAGACACGGUUCCGGUCUACGCCGUCAACCGCCAGUGCUCCUCCGGGCUGCAGGCUCUGUUCAACAUAGCAGGAGCCAUCCGGAGCAAAUCCAUCGACCUGGGUCUCGCCUGCGGUGUGGAGAGCAUGUCUCUGCGCUCAAUGGGAGACCCGGGAGACCUGAGCCCCAGACUGGUGGACGACGACAAGGCCAGAGACUGCGUCAUCCCGAUGGGAAUCACCUCCGAGAACGUCGCCGAGAGAUUCGGAGUCUCCAGAGAAAAGCAGGACGCCUUCGCUCUCGGCUCUCAGCAAAAAGCAGCCCGGGCUCAGCGCAUGGGCCUGUUUGACCAGGAGAUCGUUCCCGUCGCCACCAAGUUGGUGGAUGAUGAGGGUAAAGAGCGGGAGGUGACGGUCCGUAGGGACGACGGGAUCCGACCCGGGACCACUCUGGCAGGACUGAGUAAGCUCCGGCCGGCCUUCAAACCGGACGGCAGCACCACAGCAGGUAACUCCAGCCAGGUGAGCGACGGGGCCGCGGCCGUGCUGGUUGGUCGCAGGUCUGCGGUGGAGGCUCUGGGUCUGCCGGUCCUGGGAGUCCUGAGGGCCAGUGCAGUGGUGGGGGUCCCUCCCGAUGUCAUGGGCAUCGGCCCAGCUUUCGCCAUCCCUGCGGCUCUGGAACAAGCUGGACUAACCGUGGCUGAUGUCGACGUGUUUGAGAUCAACGAGGCCUUCGCCAGUCAGGUGGUGUACUGUGUGGAGAAGCUGGGGAUCCCGCCGGAGAAGGUGAAUCCUAACGGCGGGGCCAUCGCCCUGGGUCAUCCUCUGGGCUGCACCGGGGCCCGACAGGUGGUGACGAUGCUCAACGAACUCAAGCGCAGGGGCAGGAGGGCGUAUGGCGUCGUGUCCAUGUGCGUCGGGACCGGGAUGGGAGCCGCUGCUGUCUUCGAAUACCCCGGACCGUAGGAGCCGAGGACACAUCGAGACCCCGUCACUGUGAUUAAAAGCCUCUUUCAGACACGACAUCUAAUCCUGUCGUCUGGCUACUAAACAUUUCUAAACGGCUCAGGUGUGAUUAAAGAUAAUAGAUGAAAAUAAUAGUCAGCUGCAGCGCUACACAAGAUCCGGACUUGACCGACCAGUUACCAAAGCCCCGUCAUCGGUACUCUACCGCGUUUUUGCGAGCGACCAGAGCUGAACCACUUGAGUGAAAAUGGUCUGAAGCUAGAAUCCUCUGUCCUCCAGUGUCUUCCAAUGAGACAAGCGUCAAGGACAGGUUCACAGUUUCUCUAAUGUAUCUGGAAACAACAGCCAGGUGUCGGUGCGAGCAACAUAUCGGGGUUCGCGGUGGCUGACGAAAGAUCCCUUUGUACUGAGGUUAACAAGAGAGCGCGAGGGAAGUGGGGCUUCCGCCGUCUGAGUCUUUUCAGUGCAAAAUGUCCUCUUUUUGUUUCCUUGCUGAGCUGAGGUGGAAGGACAGAAACAAAAGGAGUAAAUCUCGUACGAAACAGACUGUAACGCUGAACGGCUCACAUCAGCUCCAGCUGAACGUUAGGACGAGGACGGUGGAUUUUGUCCCCCAUCGCUAACACUGAAAGCUCAUUGUGAAGAGAUCGAUUCAUGUCCAGUACGGACAGGAGGAAGGAUCCAGUUUCUUUGUAAACGUGGACACCUGAGAGGACGGACAUGAGAAACCGUGAACCUGUCUCGCCUGGUCUCAAAAUGUUACGCAAGCAUCACCUGAUUAAUAACUAAACCACAGUCGACACGUUACAGGUUCGGUGUCUGAAAGGGGCUGAGGAGACAUUUGCUUCACUAGAACUGCUGUUAACGCUCGUAGCCAAGAAACUUUUCCAAUAGCAGGAGAAUAAGUGCCUUUGUCUUCAUGUUGCUGGUGAAACCACGACAGGGUUCCUCCGUUAAGCCGAGCCGGUAUCGGCGCGACCCUGAUGCCGCGUUGCAGCCGAGCUGGUCACGGACCACAGCGAGAGUCUGUUGUCUGUGACAUUUCAGACGGAUCUGCUCAAUCUGUCCAUAUCCGGUCGAUUAGACCCGUUUCUACUCACUUUGCGUUACUCUGCCUCCGUCCCGAUAACAGCAUCCCGUCGGUCAACCAGUCGAGAGCUUUUGAUGUCAAAUGUUUGGUUUACGCGAGCGGUAACUUAACGCUGAGAUGUGAAAGUACAGAAGUGACACUAAAAUCUGGGACAGCUGGACCGCAGCAGCGUGGCUCGACCCGGUCUUCGCUUCUCUGUGGCGUUCGUGGACCAACCUGGGCUAAAGUGAAGACCGGGCCAGGCAGCUUUUAUGGGGCCUGAUUUAUGCUGCCGUGUGUUAAAGUACCGCUGAUGCCAACCGAACAUGUCGUGCUGCCGCUGGUGCUUCACAUUAAAAGCUUUCCACGGGCAAAGAGCAGGAGGCUUUUAUCGUGAAGCAGCCAAAGGAAACCACCAAGUUAGCAGAGCUUCAUUAAUGACGCUACUAUCAUAUGGACAUGUUCUGCACCAACGGGUCAGAGGAUCCACGUUGAACGUCGCAGAAACGGCGGCUGCGGCUGUCAACAGCUCAGCGCGGCGCUAGCGUCCACAACCCGGGGAUUCAUGCAGGGAAAAAUCAAAACACGGUUCCAUAUUUAGCUGCAUUUCAGGAC